AUGGGUUCCUACAUGGACGACGACUUCCUCGACGCGAUCAUCGUCGGUGGAGGCUUUGGCGGCUGUUACCUCCUCCAAAACCUGCGCAAGUCAGGGUUCCGCGUGAGGGUUUUCGAAGAAGGCCACGGGCUAGGUGGCGUAUGGUGGCAUAACCGAUACCCCGGCGCCCGCGUCGACAACAACACACCGUUCUACGAAUUCUCUGACCCCGAGCUCUGGACAGAAUGGGAGUGGUCCGAAGCCUACCCAGGCCAGAAAGAGAUCGUCGAAUACUUCAAGUUCGUGGAUCGAAAGUGGAAUCUCAGUCAGGAUAUCACCUUUGGCACCAAAGUGACAGAUGCAACGUGGGAUGCUGCGCGCGGGCUCUGGACUAUCCAGACAGAUAAGGGUCACGUCGUCUCCGCUCGCCAUCUUCUCCUCUCCAUGGGCUUCGCUUCUAAGAAAUAUAUCCCCCACCUCAAUGGUCUCGAAACGUUUGAGGGCCUCAAAUGCCAUACUGCCGAUUGGCCAGCCCGUCCUGUCGACUGGACCGACAAGCGCGUUGCCGUGAUGGGAACUGGCGCCACUGGGGUGCAGGUCAUCCAGGAGCUGGGUCCGAAGGUCGGAAAGCUUGUCGUGCUGCAGCGAUCUCCGAACUGCGCACUCCCGAUGCGACAAAAAGCCUUCAAACAACCAGUAGAUAAAUCAAAGUACGCGGAGCUGUUCCGAACCGCACGCCUCUCUCAGACGGGGUCAGAUAACAUGCUAGUCGACCGACGAGCCAAGGACGACACGCACGACCAGCGCAUUGCUUUGUAUGAAACGCUGUGGGCUAGAGGGGGGUUCGCGCCCGUGCAGGCCAACUACUUUGAUUUCAUGACCGACCUCGACGCCAAUCAUUCCUUCUAUCGGUUCUGGCGCGAUCAAGUCCGACAGCGACUCACGCGGAACGAUUCAGACUUGAUUGAGAAUCUGGCCCCUGAGAACCCGCCAUAUCCGUUUGGUACCAAGCGGCCUUCUCUCGAACAGACUUUCUACGAGGUCUUCAACCAAGACAAUGUGGAGCUAGUGCCGCUCAAAAAGACGCCAAUUUCCCGGAUCGUUCCUAACGGGAUAGAGCUGGAAAAUGGGAUUACGAUAAAGGUCGAUGCCCUUAUUCUAGCCACCGGGUUCGAUGCCGUGACGGGCGGUUUCUCGCGGGUCAAUAUCCGCGGUGCGAAGAACAAGUCUCUUAGAGGCGAAUGGGCCGACGGGGCGAGAACCUGUCUCGGGAUGGCGACGUCGGGUUUCCCCAAUUUGUUCUACCAGUAUGGCCCGCAAAGCCCAACUGCUUUUGCCAGUGGCCCAUUGAUCUCGGAGAUCCAGGCGGACUGGAUCAUCGCGACUAUGGUGUAUAUGCGAGAGCAUGGAUUUUCGAAGACUGAUGCUAAGCCUGAGAUGGAGGAGGAGUGGUCUUGCAUCACGAACGAAGCAUGUUAUCAGACGCUAAUGUCGCAUAAUGAAACGACGUGGUAUAUGGGUGGGAAUGUCCCGGGCAAGAAGCGAGAAGCGCUGGGCUAUAUUGGAGGGUUGCCCAAGUAUCAGGAGUAUUUGAAGGAGUGUGUGGAGAGCAGGUGGUCGAGUUUCGUAUUUCAGUAG